AUGACCUAUGAGGAUGUGGGAGCUGUACCUGAUGUGGUGGCAGGGGUGACGGUUAGUAUACCUCUAGGAGAGAAUAUACAUAUUGAUGAUAUUUAUAGAGGGGUAAAACUAUAUAUUGGAGGAUUAGAGUUGAGGGUAGAUCUUAUGCCAUUAGAGUUAUAUGAUUUUGAUGUGAUUUUGGUGGAUUGCCUAAGUGAACAUAAGGCACAAGUGGAUUGUUUCACCAAAACGGUGACAAUCCAAGGAAUAGCCUAUAUAAGAGAGCUGGAGAAGGGUAUCAUAGAUUUGGCUAGUAUUCCUGUUGUAAGGGAGUUUCAAGAUGUAUUCUCAGAAGAGUUGUCUCGAUUACCUCUAAUUAGAGAAAUUGAAGUUUCCAUAGAAACUAUUCCAGGAGUUUCUCCUAUAACCCAGUCUCCGUAUAGGAUAGCACCUAUGGAAUUGACGGAUUUGAAGGUUCAGCUUCAGGAAUUGUUAGAAAAAGGCUUCAUCCAGCCUAGUAAUUCGCCCUGGGGAGCUCCGCCUUACCUGGACCAAUAUGUGGUUGUAUUUAUUAUUGAUAUUUUGGUAUAUUCAACCUCUCACUUGGAGCAUGAACAACAUCUAAGGGUUGUGCUACAGACUUUAAGGGAGAAUCAAUUAUAUGCAAAACUGGAUAAGUGUGAGUUCUGGCUCAAGAAAGUAUUAUUUUUAGGCCAUGUAAUAUCCGCAGAAGGAAUAAUUGUGGAUCUAAGAAAGGUUGAGGCCGUGUUAAAAUGGGAAAGGCCUACCAACGUGACAGAAAUCCGGAGUUUCUUGGGUCUUGUUGGAUAUUACCAGAGGUUUAUUGAGGGACCCUCCACCAUAGCAUCACCUUUAACUAAGCCGACCCACAAGGAAGUCAGGUUUGUUUGGUCAGAAGAAUGUGAAGCGAGCUUUCAAGAACUGAAGGAAAGGCUCACUUCUGCUCCUAUACUGGCCCUUCCAUCGGGGACAGAAGGGUUUGUGGUAUUGAUUAGUACUUAA